AUGAUGCAUUUUGCGGUGGUCUUUUGGACACUAUGUUGCUGUUGGAUGCUCGAGUCUAGGGCAUCUGGGGGUGAUAGCCAUGCCCUUAUUGCACGUUCUUCAUCCAAAGACACCACGCUCGAGGCUGUUUCGAUAGCUCCGAGUGAAUACUUUGAGGGGAAUGACGGACCAUGGAGCAGCUUCGACGUCCGAGUCGGGUCUACAGAACAAGACAUAAGGGUGCUUGUUUCUACGGCCUCUCCCGAGACGUUGAUUCCUUUGUCAGAUUACGGCUGCUCGUCCGCGGUCUUGACACCGGUGCCGUCGGACUGCGCAGUUUCUAGGGGCAACUUGUUCAACCCCAAUGACUCUUCAACUUAUGACUAUAUCGGCCUCUACGGCAUCAACACCUACAGCACCAACUGGCAGAAUGGGGUUGGGCUUGAGGCGAACCUCGGCUAUUCCCAGCCCGUCGCGUUUGCCAAUGAUACUCUGGGUAUAGGUCUCACGGGACCUAAAGUCGACAACCAGGUCGUCGGUGGUAUCGAAACAGCCAAACCCUUCUAUAUGGGAAUCUUUGGACUGAACAGCCAGCCGGUAAACUUCACUGGUGUAGGAAAUAAUACGUCUUCUUCGUUCAUCUCGACCCUCAAGGACCAAAGUCUUAUCCCAAGCUUGAGCUGGAGUUAUACCGCGGGCGCGAAAUAUCGUCUCAAGCAAGUCUACGGCCAACUGAUCUUCUCCGGGUACGACACGUCCCGCUUCACGGAGAACUCGGUCACCUUCACCAUGGCAGACGACCAGACUCGGGACCUGGUCGUUGUCCUCCAGUCCAUAAGCUACAGCGGAUCGGCUACAUCCAAUCUGCUCACCGACCCCAUCAGCAUCUUCAUCGACUCCACCGACCCCAACCUCUGGCUUCCGGAGGACGUGUGUACCGCCUUCGAAGAAGCGUUCGGGCUGACUCUCGACACCACGUCUGGCUUGUAUCUGGUGAACGACACUCACCAUACCGACCUGCUCAACUCGGAUGCGCAGGUGACCUUCAGACUAUCGGAUGUCACCUCGGGCGGAGACGCCGUAAGGAUUACGCUUCCGUACGAUGCGUUCGACCUCCAGGCAGAGGCCCCGCUGGUGGCGAAUACCAGCUACUAUUUCCCGCUGAAGAAGGCAGCCAAUGAGACUCAGUACACGUUGGGCCGGACAUUCCUCCAAGAAGCUUACCUCACAGCCGACUACGAGCGCGGCGUGUUCAACGUCUCGGCAUGUACAUGGAACGAGGGUGCCGAGGCAAACAUCGUCACCAUCAGAUCCAAAGAAGACGACUCUAGCUCAUCUGACCCAGGAAGCGGCUCAGGGGGCUCAGGGGGCUCGGGCAGCUCGGGCAGUUCAUCCAAACUCGGCGGCGGCGCCAUCGCGGGCAUCGUAAUCGGCGUGGUAGCCCUCCUCGCCAUCAUCGGCGCAGCCAUCUGGUUCUUCAUCCGCCGCCGCCGCCGCAACCAAUUCGUCUUCACCGGCGAAGCAUCCUACCCAGAACCCAGCGACUCCAUCCUCCACGGGCCGGUGCACAACUCCAACCCGCGCGCGCCGGAGUCGACGAUCGAGUCCGAGUCCACGCCCGUGACGCUCGGCGUCGGCAUCGCCGCGAACGGCGAGAAGGUGCCCAGCGCGCCGCCGGGAGCACGCGGCCUGGAGCUCGACGGCGACGAGACGCACGUCCGGCCCACAACGGAGCUGCAUGGCGAGUCGCUGCCGCCGCCGCCCGUGGUCUACCACGAGCUUCCGGCGGGCAGCGACGGCGAGCGGACGGACUAUGAUGAUACAGAUGAUCGGGUGUCGGCAGUGGGCACGACGCCGUCGCACGACGAGCGCGAGGGAGUCGAGCAGUCGCCGCCGACGCCCGAACGCGCGACGACGGCCUACAGGACGCCGUCGAACGAUGGGAGAGAGGCAGAAGAGUCGUCGCCGCAGUCGCCGUUUGUGUCGACGUUGGGCUCGAAUGGGUGGCCGGGAGACGGGGGAGACACGCAUAUCGUGUCCCCUACUACGCCCAGUAAUCGGGGGUCCUCGGCGCGGCCCUUUUGA